AUGUCCGAAGAUAAGCGGUUUUGCAGAAUUUGCCAGCAUUGUCAGCACGUCACAACUGGGCCCCCUGUGGACAAAAAUGUUGCAGAAGUCGAGGAACUGCUGGUUCAGGUUGCUUCGGGUGUUAAGCUAGUCAACGCAAAUCCUACGGAUUUGACGGCCUUUCCUUUCUUAUCCAGGACAUUUGGUACACUUGCCAAGCUCUCGGCUACACCAGGCAGUGCCGACCUAACGACCAGACUCAACAAUCACACAAUCCGAUGCUUGUACGAGGCCAUCCCCCACCCAGUUGAGACCUAUCUGGGGGAGCGCUUCCGUCGAGCAGACGGUGCGGGAAAUAAUAUUCAUAUACCCUCUUUGGGUCAGGCAGGCACGACUUAUGCGCGGACCUGUCAAGGGAGGUAUCGCCAUCAGUCACUUCCUAACCCGAACGACAUUUAUGAAAAGCUGUUCAAGGCCUCUCCAGAGAAACGCGAGCCUCAUCCUAGAGGGAGCUCUUCUUUGACAUUUGCGUUUGCGUCGCUUGUCACCCAUUCUCUGUUCCGCACGGACCCUCGAGACUGGAACAAGAAUAACACUUCUUCCUACUUAGACCUUUCGCCGCUCUAUGGUUCAAACCAAGAAGAGCAAAACGCCGUACGAAUCAAGAACGGUCUUGGCCGUCUCCAUCCCGACACCUUUUCUGAAGGGCGUAUUGUAUUCCUCCCACCGGCUGCGGCCGCUCUGCUUGUCAUGUGGAACCGGAAUCACAACUAUAUCGCCAGCGAGAUAUUGAGAAGGAAUGAGGAAGGCAAGUGGGAAAACCCACCCCCCGAAGAUGUCGGUCAUCGCUUGGAACAAGACGAGGAGAUAUUCCAAACGGCCCGUCUCAUCAACUGUGGAUCCUUCAUGUCAGUCGUCAUGAACGACUAUGUGGCAGGCUUUUUGGGCCUCGCUCGUAUGGGAAGCAGCUGGAAUAUGGACCCAUUUGAUGAAUUCAGGGAUACCAACCAUGUACCUGUGGGCCGUGGCCAGGGAAAUCACGUUUCAGUGGAAUUCAACCUCUUGUACCGUUGGCACACAGUUGUAUCCGACGAGGAGGAAAAGUGGACCUUGAAUAUUCUUAAAGGGCUCUUCCCCGACAAGAAACCUGGAGAUCUGACAUUGCCCGACUUUUAUGGUGCUCUCGGUCGUUUACGCAACGGAAACGUCCCUCCAGAGCUUAUAGUUCACCCCGAACCUCACAAACGUAAUUUUGGAGGAAUCGUACGUGGUUCAGAUGGUCGCUUCAAGGACUCAGACCUGGCCAAGAUCCUCCACGAUGCAACCGCCAAUACCGCAAACCGUUACGGAGCACGCGGAACCCCGGAUGCAUUGAAGGUCAUAGAGAUUGUCGGCAUGGAGCAAGCACGAAAAUGGGGUGUUUGUACGAUGAAUGAGUUUAGGGAGGCUAUGGGAUUAGAAAGAUUCAAGUCGUUUGAGGAGUGGAAUUCCAAACCUGAGAUAGCGAACGCCGCGAAAGAGCUUUAUGGUACUAUUGAUAAUUUGGAAUUGUAUGCUGGCUUGCACGCUGAGGAGAGCAUGUCUCCUCACCAUUCGGGACUGUGCUCCGGGUACACAGUAACUCGAGCUAUCCUAUCUGAUGCGAUUGCCCUUGUUCGCGGAGAUCGAUUCUUUACUACCGACUUUACACCCAGUAACCUCACACAGUGGGGUUGGGCAGAUCUUCAACGUAACCCGAAAAAUCUGUCAUUCGGAGCAUACCUUCCUUCAUUGCUCAGGAGGACCUUCCCAGAACAUUACCCUGAGAACUCGAUUUUCACCUUGUUCCCCAUGAGCACUCCUUCGACCACCAUAGCAAAUCUGGAGAAUUUGAAGAAGAUGGGGCGAUUGCCCCCGAACGCCGAUUACAACUAUGACCGACCGACAAAUGUCAUCCCUCAUGAGGAUGGGCCAGAAUAUUAA